CUAUUUUUGUAAACAUUUUUAUUUGUCAUUUUUCAGUGAACAAUAUUAAAUUGUGCGGCAUAGAUCGUAAGCGGUGGUGGUGGCAGGAAAUAAAAAAAAAUAUUCAAAAUGGCGACGAAUCCAUCGCUCUGUAAAAUACACAAUCUUAAGCAGACUCCUUCAGAGAGCUUACGAUUACAGCAUAUAGUUCCUGUGAAUAGCGCACAAUUAGUCGUGAUGGCAUUCGAUUUCAUUGCGGGAUGUGUCGGUGGUUGUGCGGGCGUUCUAGUCGGUCAUCCACUAGACACAGUUAAAGUUCACCUACAAAUGCAGGAUGUGAAGAAGCCCAUAUAUCGUGGUACUUUCCAUUGUAUAUCAUCACUAAUUCGUACGGAUGGUGUGAAAAGUUUAUACCGUGGCAUGUCCAGCCCAUUGAUGGGUAUCAGCGCUGUUAAUGCCAUAGUUUUUGGCAUUUAUGGAAAUGUUCAGCGGCGAAUGGUCGAGUCAAAUUCAUUAUAUUCACAUUUCAUUGCUGGUUGCGUGUCGGGGUUUGCGCAGAGUAUUGUGUGUUCACCAAUGGAAUUGGCAAAGACGCGUAUGCAAAUACAACAUCUGGAUCCAAAAGCGCCACAAUUUACAAGUCCCAUCAAAUGUUUAAGACACAUAAUACAGACGGAGGGUUUCCGUGGUGGUUUUCGUGGUUUGGGAAUGACAGCGCUCAGAGAUGUACCAGGUUUCGCCGCCUACUUUGUAAGCUACGAAUGGUUCAUGUCAUUAAAGGAAAAGCCCAGCGUACCACAUGCGCUAACUGCCGGCGGCUUGGCUGGCAUAGCUUCUUGGCUAGUCUGCUAUCCGACGGAUGUGAUCAAAACGCUACUGCAAGCCGAUGGUAUGAGUUCAACGCCUGUUUACAAAGGCGCCUGGGAUUGUGCUGUGAAGAGUUAUCAUAAGGAUGGCAUACAUUUCUUCUUCCGUGGUCUCAACUCGACCAUAAUACGAGCCUUCCCAGCGAAUGCAGCAUGUUUCUAUGUGGUCGCUUGGAUUUUGGGUAUGGUUAAGCAUACGAAUUUGGAUAUGAAACUGCAAACAACAGAUCAUUUGGCCAUCUCAAGAGUACCCCUAUCCGCGGAGAUGCCAUUAUCCUAUCUGCAUCGAUAUGAUAGGGAGCGACAGGAGGUGCGUGAAAAGCGUUAUACUAUGGUGAAAAUUUUACAAACAUUAGGUGCCUUCAACGAAGCCGUCUGUCAUACGGAAAUUGAAGAUUUAGCGCAAGAAUUCUAUCCGGAGAAUGAUAAUGAUUUUAAAUAUUAUGUUUUCGAAGAUGAACGUUUGAAAAUGAGAGAAUUUUGUGAGAAUAAGGAUUAGCGAAAAAAAAAUAAUAUAGUCCGUUAUAGCUGACUAAUUGUUGUAUAUAUAAUACAUACGUGUAUGUAUAUUUAUCGUACAUAUGGACAUACACUCUUACUUACAUAUUUAUACAAAUAAAUAGUGCUAAAGCAUAAAAUCGUCUGUAGAUAGGAACUAUAUACAUAUGUAAAUAAACAGAAAAACAAAAACAAUAAUAAAUUUGAAAUAGAAAAUAUUUUAAGAUUUU